UUCUUAUUGCACAGCAUGCUGGGUGAAUAGCCUCACUUGGUCCACGUCAACAUUGGCGGCCAUCUUGAAUAGAAUAAAGUAAAUUUCAACAUGGGAGCAGGAACAUCUACGGAAAUCCCUGGAGGUGGAAGCGAAGGAUACCACGUUCUACGAGUUCAAGAAAAUUCCCCUGGAUAUAAAGCUGGUCUGGAGCCAUUUUUCGAUUUUAUCGUAUCAAUAGAAAAUACUCGAUUGGAUCAGGAUAAUGAAUCUCUCAAGGAAAUAUUAAAGAGUAAUGCAGAAAAACCAGUGAAAAUGUUGGUAUAUAGCAGCAAGACCCUCAAAGUCAGAGAGGUCAGUAUUACACCCAGUAAUAUGUGGGGUGGACAAGGUCUACUAGGUGUGAGCAUACGGUUCUGUUCAUUUGAUGGUGCAAAUGAAAAUGUCUGGCACGUCUUGGAUGUUCAACCCAACUCACCAGCAGACAUUGCAGGAUUAAGAUCCAACACUGAUUAUAUUAUUGGUGCUGAUUCUGUGUUGCAUGAGUCGGAUGAUCUGUUCCAGUUGAUAGAAUCACACGAAGGAAAGGCUCUUAAACUUUAUGUCUACAAUUCAGAGACUGAUGGUUGUAGAGAGGUGACACUGACACCAAACAGUAACUGGGGAGGUGAAGGAAGUCUUGGAUGUGGUAUAGGAUAUGGAUAUUUACAUAGAAUACCACAAAAAGAUGAGGAAUCUCUUCCACCAGUAUCUGCCUCACCUCCUGCACCAUCAAGUGAUGGCUUCUCAGAGGUUCCAUUGGUUGGAGUUACUACAGCAACAACUACUCCACAACAUACAGUUCUAGAUCAAGGGAUGGCAUCUUUGAACCUUGAAUCAAGUACAGCCAGUGCAGCAAUGAAUCCAUUUAAUACAAGCCUCAGUACUCCAACAACAGUAGAAUCAGCAUCUGUAUCUAGUGCACCAGCAUUAGUCAACUCUUCGACUCAGCCGGCACCUGCUCCAGUGCCGCUAUACCACUCACCACCUCUUGUUCCGACCCUUGUUGGGGAAACACCCGCUAAAAGUGAAGUAUCUACACCACCAGCCCCAUCAGCUGUACCCCUGUAUAACACACCUAUGAUGUCUGCUUCUACCCCUCCUCAACUAUAUACUGCCCCAGGUGUGCAGGCACCAUCUCCCGUCAAUCCUUAUGCCUUUCCACCACAAUCAACUGCAGCGACAAAUAUCUCUCCCUUUGCUACACCAGAUGUAAAAUACUCUACACCCGGUGGUAGUAGUAGUACAGUUACUGCCACUCCAUCCCAACUACUCACUGAUAUUACAGUAGGAGCUAAGCCAGCACCAUUAAUCCCUGGGACGUCUGCUGUCAAUGGUGAUGAAGCUGCAGUAUUACAACCAACAUCAUCCCCUCAAAUCCUUGCAUCGUAAUUUAAAAGAUAAUGUUUUACAUUUAAUGUCUGUAAAAUAAGAUAGAAUAGGUGUAGGAGUUGUUUCUGUCUCAGUUUACUAUCAAGAUAUUCCUCUGUAUUACUGAUGAGAAUACAUUUUUAUGCAUGUGUUUGAAAGAGAAAGAUGAAAUAUUAGAUAAUACCAGCCAUGUGUUCUGUCAAGCAGGGAUUUCAGAGUGUUGCGUAUAAAGGAUUGCAUCAAUA